AUGACUGAAAAUCAGAUUGAUCACAUAGCAAUAAGUCGUAAAUGGCGCGGUUCCCUUAUGGACACGCGGAAUACACGUGGAGCUGAUAUUGCAAGUGAUCAUCAUCUCCUAAUUGCGUCAGUCAGACUCAAAGUUGCGGCAGUUAGCAACUCGAAAAAGAAGAUGCAGAAAAAAUUCGACGUAGAAAAACUGAAAGAUGAAUCUACCUGCGCAAGCGACUGGAAAAGUAUAAAACAAACUUUCCUAAAAGCAGCGGAAUACAGUAUUGGAUUCAAAGAAUACAAACGAAAAUCCUGGAUCUCAGACUCCACAUGGUGGUUAAUAAACGAACGUAGAGAAAUAAAAAAUCAGCUUAAUUCCGCAAAGACGAGAUCCGCCAAGUCGGCAUUACAAAACACUUACACAAAAACCGACAAGCUGAUAAAGAAAAGCGCGAGAACGGAUAAACGAAUCUGGAGUGACAAUUUGGCUAGAAAAGCGCAGGAGGCCGCGGAAACGUACCGCACUCGUGACCUGUACCAAACGAUACGGCAACUGACCAACGUAACACUCAAAACCUCCAAACCGCUAAAAGAUGAAAAUGGAAAAUUGACAACGGCCAAAGAUGAGCAGACUACCAUCUGGGAGCGUUAUUAUGAAAAAUUGCUUUCACCAACCUCGUCGGAGGCUAUUCAGUCAUGCGGUUGCCAACGUCAUUUACAAAGACGUGACAUUCACACCUCGCACCCGAAUGAGACGGAGAUAAUGACUGCUAUCAGAGCAUUAAAGAACAACAAAACUCCUGGGCCGGAUAACAUCAACCCAGAACUCCUAAAAGCUGAUCCUCAGACGACUGCGCGGAUACUGUUUCCUCUACUUAAAGAUAUCUGGACCUCAGAAAAGAUACCGGACGAGUUGAAGGAAGGUGUUAUUACUCUUCUUCCGAAGAAGGGAAAUUUAUCGGAAU